AUGUUCCCCGAAAUAAACCCCCCAAGGAAAAUGUCGUUCCAAGCAGAUCCGGUCGAUUUUAAAGAAAAGCUCAUAGCGGCAGUGAAGAAAGAGGUCAAACAGGUGAUGGAGGAAGCCGUCACCAAGAAGUACAUACACGAAGAGUCUUGCUCGGUAACGGCCCUGUGUGCGGCGGUCGAGGCAUGCCUGAGCCAGGGUCUGCGAAGGCGUGCGCUCGGCCUGUUCAAAACAUCAUCCACCACCGCCCUACUGCACAAGGUGGCCAAGCAUUGUCCCGAAGCGGCCUGUAUCAGUAAGAAGGUGCAGGACAUUGAAAACAGUGAUCCCAACAAACGGUCCUCCUCGAGCAGCGAUAGUACGAACAAACCACCGAUACUGAAGAAGAGCAGCAGUAACUCGGUUUCGACAACGACACCACCCCAAUCACCACCAGUUGUUAAAUAUCUCUGGAUACGGUUGGCACUGUACGAGAAGAAGCUGUCCCGGAUCAUCGAUCAUCUGGUGACGAAUGCCACCCGGUACUACGAGCGUGACUCACUAGUGGCUGAUCCAGACUACGGUUCCAUACUGAGCUCACUGCUCGUCGGUCCGUGCGCACUGGAUUAUUCGCGUGCCAAAACUGCCGACCAUUUCUGGACUGAUCCUCCCGCGGACGAAUUGGUCCAACGUCACAGAAUUAGCUCGAGCAAUCCGACGCCUCCGGCGUACCGAAGACCAAUGUUGAACUUCAAGCGAAGCCUCCACACCAGCUCGGAGGAGGGCAGUAUGGCGUCGUUCAAGUCGAACAGUUUGGCUUCCGCGUCGAAAGACUACGUGGAGUCACUGCACCAGAACUCACGAGCCACACUACUGUACGGGAAAAACAACGUUCUCGUACUGCCGAAAGACGUCAGUGAACCGAUGCCCGGUUAUCUCAGCCUACAUCAGACAGUGCAAUCGCUCACGAUCAAGUGGACACCGAACCAGCUGAUGAAUGGUUACACCGAGUCGGAAAACAUAGACAAGAGCUCGUACUGGGCGUACGCUCUCAACGUCAAUGUGGACGAGAUCGUGUACGUUCACUGUCAUCAGGCACGGGGUGGCGAUACCGGUGGUACCAUCAUACUCGUCGGACAGGACGGUGUCCAGCGUCCUCCAAUACACUUCCCGGAGGGUGGUCAUAUGGCGGCGUUCUUGAGCUGCCUAGAAACGGGUCUUCUACCGCACGGUCAGCUCGAUCCUCCCCUAUGGUCUCAACGAGGCAUUGGACGAAUCUUCCCCUGGCCGCAGAAAUCACGCCGUCGGCCACUACCAUCCGUGUUGGAGACGAACGAUGAGAUGCCGAUCGAUUAUGUGUUUCGUGUCGUCAACAAGAGCAACACGGAUGAGUUUUUGGCAACACAUUCGAUACUGGAGCUAGGACGCACCAGUCCACGCUAUCGAGCACAGCUGAGCAGCUGCUCUACCAACGAAAGCAGUGAUUGUUCCAGCAAAAGUCUUUCGAUCGAUGCUAUGUCCAUCGACAGUCCUAAUCCUCAAUCGACACAAUCGACCAGCAUCGCACUCGUUUGCUCAACGAUGAAACGGCAGAUCAUUUCACGCGCAUUCUACGGGUGGCUCGCCUACUGCCGUCAUCUCUCGACGGUGAGGACGCACCUUUCGGGCCUGGUAAAUGGUCGCAUCACACCCGAAUCCGGUGCCGAGGAGGGUCUUACCCGAUCGCGCUGGGAAAGCUUGCACGAUGGUAAUGGUGUCGUGGCGGACGAUCAGGAAGUCUACCGGUUAGUGUACUACGGUGGCGUCGAGCACGACAUCCGGAAGGAAGUGUGGCCGUACCUGCUUGGCCAUUACAGUUUCGGCAGUACACCGGUGGAGCGGGCAGAGCUGGACGAAACUGCCAAACACUACUACGAAACGACCAUGAGCGAAUGGUUGGCAGUGGAAGCGAUCGUACGGCAGCGGGACAAGGAAAAGACGGCCGUUGCGGUCGCUAAGCUUAGCUCGGGCAGCGGUAGUAUGGAAAACAAAAGCAAAACCAUCGACCAGGAUGGCGACGGGGAGGAGGAAGAGGAAGAGAUGGAGAACGAGGUGUUCGAGGAGAAUGGGUUUUCCGAUAUGUCCGAACCGGAAGUGGAGGGUGAGGAGAAAUCGGACGCAAAGCCUAAGAUAACGAAAGACAACAUCACGCUUCCGGUGGUGGCGCAGGACGCUACCGUGGAGGCGGACAAUGGGGCGCAGGAGGAGCAGGAAAAUGCAGGAGAAAAUCAGAACCAAGAGCAAGACUUUGACAGUAACAAGAGCUCUCCUUCCGAUUCUUCGUACGCUACGGUUGGUAAUGAUUUUAUCGAUGUGGCGGACAUUAUCUCGCCGAUGGGUGAGGAUGCCCCGAAGACGUUGGGUGGAGAGGUGGAACGUAUGCAGGAGGAUGAAGAUGAGGAGGGUGUGACAUCGGAUGGUGCGAUUGAGCAGGAAGAGGAGGAGGAAGAGGAACCGGAAUCACCCAAGUCUCUGGAGCAACCACGUGCUGUUAUUGUGACCGAUGCGUCCAUAGAUGUUACCAUGAUGCCGAGUGAGGUUCGAGAGCUCAACAACAACAACACACUGACGACACUGCCGGAAGAGGGAAGCAAUCAUCAGCCGGCGUUGGAUUCGUUGCAAGAACCCAAAUCGGCCUGUGUGUCACCGGCCAGCUCUAAUGGAGGCAUCUACAGUAGCGAACUGUUGGAGUCGUUUGGAUUGAAUCUUCACCGUAUCGAGAAGGAUGUUCAACGGUGCGAUCGUAACUAUUGGUACUUUGCGAACGAAAAUCUGGACAAGCUGCGAAAUGUUAUUUGCACGUACGUUUGGGAGCAUCUGGAUGUUGGAUACAUGCAGGGCAUGUGCGAUCUCGUUGCACCACUGCUAGUCAUCUUUGACGACGAGUCCCUCAGCUAUGGCUGCUUCUGCCGGUUUAUGGAGCGUAUGAUUGAAAACUUCCCCAACGGUGGUGCCAUGGAUAUGCACUUUGCUAAUAUGAGAUCACUAAUUCAGAUCUUAGAUUCGGAAAUGUACGAUCUGAUGCACGCGCACGGUGACUACACCCAUUUCUACUUCUGCUAUCGCUGGUUCUUGCUCGACUUUAAGCGAGAGCUCAUCUACGCCGACAUCUUCUCCGUAUGGGAGGUGAUCUGGGCCGCGAAGCACGUUGCGUCGGCACACUUUGUACUGUUUCUCGCACUGGCACUGCUGGAAACCUACCGCGACAUCAUCCUGUCCAACAGUAUGGAUUUUACGGACAUUAUUAAAUUUUUCAACGAAAUGGCUGAAAGACACAACACACCAUCCGUGUUGAAGCUGGCACGCAGUUUAGUGCUUCAGCUGCAAACCAUAAUCGAGAAUAAGUAA